UAAGGGCUGUCCAGAAUGUCUCUUAUCCGGAGGUGUUGAGAAGAGUGGAAGAAAGGAGUGAAGUUGAAGAUGUAAUGGUAGUAGGAGUAGAGACACAAUAUGCUAUUCCUUGUUAACAGAGGUAUCCUGACAUGUUACAUGUUAAGAAGGUGGACUUUGUAGCGUUUAUUACUUUGGUUAUCAACUGCACAGCGCAAACGGAGAGGAAAUCGGAGAAAAUAGGCAUCAUUGAUGCACCUACUCCAUGGGAAGCUGCAGAUCUGGGGGACAACGAGAGAAAGCAGAAGUUUUUGCGGUUGAUGGGUGCAGGGAAGAAAGAGCACACCGGACGCCUAGUCAUUGGAGAUCACAAGUCAACAUCCCAUGUCCGCAGUGGGGCGGAGGACCAGAGGAUGAACUCUGAGCUGGAGCUGCAGUACCAGCAGGGGCUGGACGGGAAGCUGUCAGGCAGGAACAGGAGACACGUCGGCCUGGGCUUCAGCGAGCCUGACCCACCUCCACCACCCGCAGAGAGCCAAGGCAAAGCAGAGCAACCAGCCAGUCCCAAAGCCCCAGACAGCCCUUCGGAACCCCAGGAGUCACUGGACAAAUCCCCCUCACAGAGCCCAGAGGGCGGGAGGACAGAGCCCAGCGCAAAAGACAAGAAAGAAGACAAGAAACACAAAAUGGCCUUUGUGAAGUCAUCCUAAGACUGGGCGAAAAACUGAGAAUCACCUUUUCUAAUGUCGAACCACAGAUUUGUACAAACGAUGUUUGUUUGUCUCGGAAGUACUCCCUAGAUGAUACAUGGUAACUUUGUGGUUUAAGAAUGCCUUUUUUUUAUGUUUCAAUGCUGAGCAGCAAAGCAGUAGUGUACUACUGUAGGAGGGAAUGUAAUCAAUGAUUGAGCCAGAUUCUUCCCAUUGUUUCCUUGUCAAUUUUUUUGGAAUUCCUAACUAGAAGAGGGACUUGUCCAACGUGUUUUAAUGGAUCUGAGAUUAAGCAAAAGCUUUAAUUAAGUUGGGUUGAAUGUAAUGGGGUUGAACCUAUUGGCUCGAUAGGUAUUUUACAGUCCUGUUCAAUGUCUCACCAUGAGUAAUAAAAUGUACUUGAACUACAAACUGAAUAUCAAUAAACUGAAGCACCACAGUU